AUGGCCCCGCCGCGCCCGCCCCGCCUGGUGCCCGCGCUGCGCGCCCUGCUGUACUGGUCCCUGGUGUACGGCUACUGCGGGCGGUGCGCCUCCGUCCACCUGCUCAAACUUUUGUGGAGCAUCGGCAAGGCACCGGCUCAGACCUUCCGCCGGGCGGCCCGGGCAAACCCUCCGGCGUGCCUGAACGACCCCUCCUUGGGUACCCACUGCUACGUGCGGAUCAAGGAUUCGGGGUUAAGAUUUCACUAUGUUGCCGCUGGAGAAAGAGGUAGACCACUCAUGCUACUUCUUCAUGGAUUUCCAGAAUUCUGGUACUCUUGGCGCCAUCAGCUGAGAGAAUUUAAGAGUGAGUACAGAGUUGUCGCGCUGGAUCUGAGAGGCUAUGGCGAGUCAGAUGCGCCCACUCACCAAGAGAGUUAUAAACUCGAUUGUCUGAUUGCAGACAUAAAGGAUGUUUUAGACACCUUAGGGUACAGCAAAUGUGUCCUGAUUGGCCACGACUGGGGAGGCAUGAUUGCCUGGCUGAUUUCCAUUUGCUACCCUGAGAUGAUAAUGAAGCUUGUUGUUAUUAACUUCCCACAUCCAAGUGUAUUUACAGACUACAUUCUUCGGCACCCGGCCCAGCUGCUCAGAUCUAGCUUCUAUUACUUCUUCCAAAUACCAUGGUUCCCAGAAUUUAUGUUCUCAAUUAAUGAUUUCAAGGCGUUGAAACACCUGUUCACCAGCCGGAGCACUGGCAUUGGAAGGAAAGGACGGCGGCUGACGACAGAUGAUCUAGAAGCUUACAUUUAUGUCUUCUCACAGCCUGGGGCACUAAGUGGUCCAAUUAACCAUUAUCGGAACAUUUUCAACUGCCUGCCUCUCAAGCAUCAUAUGGUGACCACCCCGACACUACUCCUGUGGGGAGAGGAAGAUGCGUUUAUGGAGGCUGAGAUGGCUGAAGUCACAAAGACUUAUGUUAAAAACUAUUUCAGACUCACUGUUUUGUCAGAAGGUAGCCACUGGCUUCAGCAAGACCAACCUGACAUAGUGAACAGGCUAAUCUGGGCAUUCCUCAGGGAAGAGAGGAGAGAAUGACUUUAUCUCCUGUGAAGAGUCUAUAAUGGAACCCCGAAAAACUUAAGACUUGCUCAUCAACUUAAGUUUUAUUAGGAAAAACACCUGUUUCAAUAUGCUUGAUUAUAAAUAAAUAUAGUGAAACACAGUAUUGAAAAAUAUCUAUGUAAUUUGUUUCAUUGUCUGUAUCUGCACAGA